CAUAAUAUUUGCUGUCCUGCGUACAUUUUACUUUUAUGGCGUCUUCAGCUAUAGGCUGUCCAUGGUAUCGGAAGUCGGGACACUUUGUUACCAAUAUGUAAAGCGUAGAGGAGCUUGUUGUGGUUUCACGUGAAGCAGUGACCGCAUACCACGCAACAUUGUGCAUUCGCUUUUACGCUGCUAUUUAUUUAUUUACAGGGGCUUUUAUCCAGAAGGUGUACAUUCCGAGAGCCCAGCCCAAGAAUAGGCAGCCUCCGUACAGACUAUGAAGUGUAACUUUGUUUCAGCCAAACACUACUUGUAGGGCACAUGGAGAAAGUUCAGUCCCUACUAACCCGGGCCUCCCAUCAUCCUUCGCACGUGCGCUGCUCCAUAAACCGGCACAGGGGCGGCCGCGAGAGCCGUGACGAGGAGGGAGACGGAGAUGGAGAUGGAGACAGAACCACCCGCGUGGAGGUGAACUUCUUCCAGCCAGGGUCUGAGGAAGACUUGGAGCCCGGACCCACUAAUGACAUCACUUCCUUGGUUCUGCAUCUGCCCAGGGAGCACAAAAAGGUGGUGCUCUAUCUGAGCCUCAUCUCCCUUCUCAUCUUCACCACAGCAUUCCUGCUGGGCUACGUGGCAUUCCGUGGCUCCUGCCACCACUGCGGGGACCUCGAUGGGGAACUGGUCCCUGUGGACGAUACUGCAGGCUCAGAGCAUACGCCUACAGGUGGGGUCGCGUACCUGGGAGAGUUGAGAGACAUGUUGAGGAAGUACUUGAAGGAGGAGAAAAUCGAGAGCACUGUCAGGCGAGUGAGCCGAGCCACUCAUCCUCCAGGCUCCAUGGAAGGCAAUGAACUGGCCAGCGAGAUCCUGCACAACUUCCGCCGGCUGCGCAUGGACCACACGUGGACAGACUCGCACUAUGCCACCCUGCAGUUCCCGUCCAGAAGCCAGAGGAACUUCCUGUGGAUAGUGGAUGGCCAGGGCGAGGUCCUCGAAGACAUUUCUCCUGAAAGCCCCCUGGAUUACUGUGCUUACAGUGGGACGGGUACAGCCACGGGCGGUGUGGUGUACGUCAAUUAUGGCAGAAAGGAAGACUUUGACCUCUUGGUCUCCAGGGGCCUGCCUCUAGAGGGCGCCCUGGCGGUAGCGCGGAUAGGGGGUGGUGUCAGUUUUGCCGAGAAGGUGUGGCACGCCCAGCAGGCGGGACUGGGUGGAGUGCUUAUUUACCCCGAUCCUGCUGAUGUGCCGCAGGACCCACGCAGACUGGGGCUCUUCCACAAUGCAUCCAUCUCUGAGCACGUGCACCUGGGGUCAGGUGACCCUUUUACCCCUGGUUUCCCCUCAUUUAAUCACACACAGUUCCCUCCCACCCAGUCCUCUGGCCUGCCCCUCAUUCCUGCGCAGCCAAUUAGUGCCAAUAUAGCCUCUAAGAUUCUCAGCCAGGUGACAGGGACAGACUGCCCACGGGCCUGGCACGGGCGCCUGCCCUACGUGCGCUGUGCGCUGGGUCUAGGCUUCAGCGUCCCCAAAGGCCGCAGGGUGAAGAUGGGCGUCUACAACAGCAUGACCCCUGUGCUUCUCAACAACAUCUUUGCCUCAAUUGAGGGCAAAAUUGAGCCAGACCAUUAUAUCAUCAUGGGAGCUCAACGGGAUUCAUGGGACCCAGGCGCAGCCAAGGCGGGGGUGGGCACCGCCCUCCUGCUGGAACUUGCUCGCACCUUUAGCUCCAUGGUGGACAACGGCUUCUAUCCCCGCCGGAGUUUGCUGUUUGUCAGCUGGGAUGCCGGCGACUUCGGCAACGUCGGUGCCACAGAGUGGCUGGAGGGUUACCUUUCAAUGCUGCACCUGAAAGCUGUGGCAUAUUUCAGUCUGGACAAAGCUGUCCUGGGUGAUGACAACCUGCUGGCCUACACUAGUCCCUUGCUGGUGGAUCUUAUCGAAGGAGUGAUCAAACAGGUUGAACACCCCAAACACUCUGGGAAGUCCAUCUACACCCACGCUGAAGACCAGGGCAGCAGCUGGAGGAGUCAGAUAGUGAAGCCACUUUACCUGAACAGCGGCGCCUACAGUUUCACUGCGUUUGGUGGCGUCCCAGCCAUGGAGCUCCGCUUUAGUGAGGAGAGGCGCCCGUACCCCUUUGUGAAUACGCAGCUGGACACAGCGCAGCGGCUACAGGAGAUGCUGCAGGGGCGCCUGGGGGCGCUGGGGCGCAGCGUAGCCGAACUGGUGGGGCUCAUGGUGCUGCGCUUGGCCCACGACCACAUUCUAGCCCUGGACGUGACCUGCUACAGCGGCAGCGUGCUGCACUUCAGCUCCCAGCUCAAGAAAUACUCUGAUGAGCUGCAGGCCCGAGGCCUGUCGCCUCAGUGGGUGUUCAGCGCCAGAGGGGAUUACAACCGAGCAGCAGAGACGCUGCGAGAGGCCAUCCUCAACAGCGACAUACAGGACGAGAGGCUGACGCGGCUCUACAACACACGCAUCAUGCGGGUGGAGUACUACUUCUUGUCUCAGUACGUGUCGACCGUGGAGACGCCCUUCCGUCACGUCCUGCAUGGCCGCGGAGACCACACGGUCGGCGCCCUCACUGAGCACCUGUCCCUGCUGCGCUCCAACUCCAGCCGCUUUGACGAGGCUCGCUUCCGCCGGCAACUCGCGCUCCUUACCUGGACUCUGCAGGGGGCUGCAAAUGCUCUCAGCGGUGAUGUGUGGAAUAUCGACAACACCUUCUAGCCUCGCUGGUGCCGACCGGCCUGCUGCCCUGAGCGACCGCGUGUGCGCUUGGGCCACGCAGCGUGACCGUGAGGCUCCUCUUUAUCGUUCCCGCAGCCGCACGCAGCGUCUCUGGUGUCCGCUUUGUGUCGGAUGCUGCCGUCUUUCACGCGCUUUGCCGACCCUUUCGUGGCACUUUGUCCGAGUCCUGAACGACAGAUGUUCAGUUCAUCUGGCUUCCUUUGCAUGUUUAACAGACAACCGCAGAGCAGCUUUUAUAAUGGAUUCAGUUCAGUUUGUUUUUAAAAACUGAACAGAGCUGAAUUUUUCUUCCAAUUUUAAUGAAUGUGAAUGUUGUGAAACACCCAGGAGAUUUCACGUCCUACCACAUUUUAGAAUAAAAUGAAAGGAGAGGAAUUGCUCAGAUGCUCCCUUAGGAUGACACUGUAAUCAGUGAUCAGGGGAUGUUCAUUCUCUCUUAUUCACCGAAACACUGCAGUGUUGAUAACUGAUGGUGACCUCUGCUCAUUUGGGACACGACGCUCCCAGAAUCUCUCUUUACGCAUGUUUUACACGUCAGCCUUGGUUACUUGGUUACUCCUGGGAUCAGUUUAAAUCACAAAAACAAAGUGUCUGUGAGCAUUUUGUCAAACUGUCAGUAAGACAGCGACAGCGUCACCAGUGGGCCAAGACUGAGCAACUGUCCUGUUUCCUCCUCCUGUUUCUUUCUUUGAUUUUGUAUGAAGUAUAUACUGUAUUUGCUGUAUCGUGGUCUGCCUAGGUUGUCUGCACUCUGUCCGCUUUCGCUGUUCUUAAUGUAGCUGUAAUUGAUCAGUCAAAGUGAUCGCUAAUAAUCCUUUAUUUAUUGCAAAGUGAUAAUGAAAGCAGUAAUUAUCGGAAGCAGUGCCUUCCAUAAUUACGACAGUGACACUGUCGACCAAUCACACAGCAGCAUCUGCUAUCAAUCACACCAGGAUGUUAUGGGACAGGUUGGGUUGGUCGUAUUCUUGUCAUACAAACACAUUGUGGUACAGGCUUCCAAAGACAUCGGUCACUAGGAAACUGCCGUCAUCGAAGGUUUUAAGUCUAAUUUCAUUCAUUACAAGUCUGCCAACGGCAUCUUUCUUGAUGUUUGAUGGGAUGCUGUUGCAUAUCCACAUUAUUGACCACUAGCAGCCAGGAGCUGUAUCCGACUCCUGCGAGGGUCACUUGACCGUAUACACACAGGCCUUCCACCCAGGUCAUGUGGACAUGACAUCUGCGAUCAUUAUUUUCCAGGGUUUCUGGGAGCAGUCAGACCAGACAUUCCAGACAGAGCACACCGUGUCACACCACCUCCUGGGCCUUAUUUCCUGUGUUUGUGACACCGCUUCCUACUCACUGUGGGUUCACUUCUUACUUUUGGUCCUCUUUCUUUUCACUUUUUUUCUGACAUUGUCCCUGUUGAGUUCAGUGCACGUGGUGAUGUGUUCUCAUUUCUGACUACUUCCAAUAAAUCUUUUCAUGUUCUCCCACUAA